AUGCAUAAAGUACAGGGUUUAAUAUUGAACAAGGUCGUAGUUAAUUGCGAUGGGUUCGAUGCAAAUUUGGUAUACAUUGCUCUAUCACGUGUUGGUGAAAUGUCUAAUUUACAUGUCGAACAAUUUGAUUGGGGAUUAAAAGGGCGUAUCAAACAAACUCCUUCACGCGAAUUAUCAAAUCAUUCUAUGUAUCAUUAUGAUUACUCUAAAUUAGCUGGACGUAUAAUUACCAAAUACUUACAACUAAUGAUCAAAUCAAAAUUUAGUGAUUUUAUUGAAUCGGUUAAGGAGAAGAUUGACAAGAAAAUAUAUGUGUUUAUUUCAAACGAAAAGUGUUGGUUGAAUGAAAUACCAGAUUUAUCGAAAGAUUUCGAAUACGAUUAUCAUGCGAUAUCUCAAUUUAGAACAACCUAUCUUAAAAAGAUAAAUCAAAUAGUGGUUGAAUUACCACAAUAUCUGUUCCUUCGAUCGGCCAUUGUAAUAGUAUAUGAUUCCAAAUACUAUGCUUUAAAAGGCGGUGAGAAGGAAAUCGCUUCUAUAAAUAAUUUUUAUAAUGAUUACAAUGAUGGAAGUGAAUUAUAUUGUUUAUUAGAAAAAACACGAAAUGACAUUAAAGAAAUUUAUUAUUAUCUAUCAGAGCGUAAAAUAAUUUAUGCCACACCCACAUUGAUCAAUGCAUGUUAUAAUAAUAUGCAAUUAAUGAGUUGUUUUCUAUAUCAGUUCAAAAAGAAGUUGAUAUCGCCUGAUGGAAGUAUAGAUUUCGAUACACUUUACAGUUUAUUUUCUGAUAUUCAAAAGAUCAUUGGUGUGCAUGGAGGUGUAUCAAUUUUGCUAAACCCAAUUGUUAAAGCGAAUCAAAAUAUAUUUAUUUCCUAUCUUAAAAUGCUUAGUGAAACUGUUAAAACAACACUUGAAAAUAAUAGGCAGGGAUUGAUUUCAGUUUACAUAUCAGUUUGGCAUUCAAAUAUCCAUGAUUUUCUAACGAUUAAAAAUGAAAGGGCUUCCAAUGAAAAAUAUGUUCAUAGACUAACUACAGGUAUAAUGGAGAAUGGCUAUGAUUUAUCAGUCGUAUUUGGUAAAGAAUUUGAAAAGCUAUAUUUAGAAUAUGAGGAAAAAAAACUUUACCUAGAGCAGAUAUCAGCAUUUGAUCUGAUGACUAAAAUUAGUAUCGCAAAUUUUAGUACUGGAGGACCAUAUGUUAUUUUUAGAGAUGUG